CCUUUUCGCUGUGUUAUUAUUCUCUGUAUCUCAACUCAACAAGGUCCCGAUUCCCUCUUUUCCUCGAUCAAUAUUCAAUUCCACUCCCCACUUACAAACAACAACUCCAUUCCGACCCGACUCGAACCGAAACAUAAUGUACGGUGGUAGUUCCGGUAAGCUCAGCCGUGGCGCCGGUCGUGGCGGCAGCGGCGGCGUUGGGAAGCGCAACAUCCAACCACCACCGCAUCUCCACCGUUCAUCCCCCGCGUCUGGUGGCCGCCUGCCAGCUGGCAGUAACCGCAAUACUGCAGCGGGUCGCACAUCCUCUAAUGGAGCUGAGGAGAGUUUUAGCCUUGUUACUGGAAAUCCUUUGAAUUUUGCAAUGAUAAUUAGGUUGGCACCUGACCUAGUUGAGGAGAUCAAGAGAGUUGAAGGUGAAGGCGGUGCUGCUAGGAUUAAAUUUGAUGCCAAUGCUAAUAAUUCCCUUGAAAAUGUCAUUAACGUUGGUAGUAAAGACUUCAGAUUCACAUGGUCACGUGAACCGGGAGAUCUAUGUGAUAUAUAUGAAGAACGUCGAAGUGGUGAAGAUGGAAAUGGUUUGCUUGUUGAGUCAGGUGGUGCUUGGCGAAAGUUGAAUGUACAGCGUGUUCUGGAUGAAUCAUUUAAAAACCAUGUUAAAAUGCGGUCAGAAGAAGCUGAGAAGAAGCAUAAAUCACGCAAAGCCAUUGUUUUGGACCAUGGCAAUCCAUCUACGAAGAGUCAGAUGAAGGCAAUGGCUGCAGCUGAAGCUAAUCCAUGGAGGCCGGGUUUCAAGCAAAAGAAAGAGCCUCCUUUCAAAAAAAGAAAGUCAGAACCACCCCCAGGGGGAUCUUAUGGACCUGCUUAUAAACCUGGCUCGUCUGCAACAAUUCAUUCAAAGGGAAAGCCUUCUGCUUCACCUUUGUCUUUUUCACCUAAACCAUCUGGUGCUCCAGCAUCUCCAUUUGGCAAUGCCAAUCUCUCGAAGGGCCAAAUUACUGUGGACGAUGUGAUACCCACUCAAACAAUGACUAAAGCUACUAGCUCUGAAAAAGAAAUUCCUAGCAAGGGGACCACAAGUUCUUCACAGGAUAAAGUCAGGCGUAAAAGUCAUUCAGGCGCUAUGUCUACCGAUCUGCGUAGCAUGUUGAUUUCUCUACUUACGGAGAACCAGUCCAAGGGGAUUAGUCUUAAGGCACUGGAGAAAGCUGUUGGAGAGACGUUCCCGAACUCAGCCAAGCAAAUUGAGCCCAUUAUAAAAAAGAUUGCUACAUACCAAGCUCCAGGAAGAUACUUCUUGAAACCGGAAGUGGAUAUAGAAAGCUUCCCGAAACCGCCCCCUGAAAGUGGAAGUUCUCCUGAAGAUCAUUGUCAACCAUCAUCUGCCCCUGAUAAAUUUGACCAACUACCAGCACCGCAGCUAGUCUUACCUCAAAAAACUGAUAGCAGUGAGUUGGAAGAGGGGGCAGUGAGCGAUUCUAAACCUCAAGAAGCAUCCGAUGCCAUUGAAAAAAUUGGUAUCCUCCAUGUUUCUCCUGAUCGAAGUGAAGGGCAGCCUAAUAGCUCUAGCUCCAGUGGUAGUGAUAGUGAUAGUGAGAGCAGCGAUAGUGGAAGCGAUAGUGGAAGUCAGAGUAGAAGCCGAAGUAAAAGCGUGGCCAGUGGGAGUAGCAGUGACAGUGAAAGUGAUGCUUCUUCUAAUAGUAAGGAGGCAUCUGAUGAGGAUGUCGAUAUCAUGAGUGAUGAUGACAGAGAGGCAAAUCAUAAACUGCAAGCUUCUGAACAGAUUCAAUGUGGAACUUUGGACUUUGAGCCAGGUCAAUUUGCGGUGGGUGAGACGGAAGAUCUUAAUGUCGCCGAUAUUGUGGAAAUUGAGAAUGACUUGCCUGACGGUGGCCAAGUAGCUGAAAUGGCUGUUAUUCCUGACUCAGGUCCUAUAAGAGAUGAUGAAAAACUUGUACAGGAGAUCAGACCUUUGUCAUCUGAUAGGCAUGAGCAUAAACAAAGCCACGUCCAAAUGGGCAAGCUUCCUCAUGAGGCAGAAAAUGUUAGUUAUCAAAACCAUUCUAGUGAAAUUGAAAGAGUUGACAAGGAUAGCUUCAAGCAUGAGCUGUCUAAUAGCGUCCAAAAAUCUCAAAAAAGUAAAUCUAAAAGAGGGCGUGAUGAAAAACGUUUAAGUGACAAGAAUAAGAGAGUAAAAACUCAGAACACUAUUCAGCAACAAAGUUCUGGGGGUAGGAACUCUGCUUUUGUAGAGAGUUCACACUUAUCUCCUGAUAAGCCUUCAGAAGGGCCUUCUAAGGACCUUCAUAUGCAGCAAAUGGAAGAAAGAACUUCCAGAGAUGCUGCUGGGAAUUUUGGUUCACAAAAAAGUUACAAUCAGGCCAUUUCUAGAAAGUCUACUUCUGAAUUUUUGCAGCCAGACUGGAGAUCUGUUGAUUCCACUGCAAGGGGCAAAAAUCCCACUGGUACUGAGAGGCCAAUUAAACAAGGUGAAAGCUCAGGGCAUACCACUAAAUACACUGAAAGAAGCCUUCAAAUGAAUGAAGGGUUUCCCUCACAGAGAGACAAGGUUAGUAGAGAUUCACAAGAUGAAUAUGGCAUUGUUAGUGAUAAAAGGGAAAGAAAAAUUUCGAAAGAUGGUGUUGGGGACCAGCAAAAAACAUUAGUUGAUUCAAACCUCAAUAAGUAUGAUAGCCCGCUACCAGGAAAUUUUCCAAAGAGUAACAUGGGUAGUACAGGGAAAUCUUCUUUCAUGAAUGGACGUGGGCAUAUGCUUCCAAGAGAGCUUUCAGACUUGGAGUUGGGAGAACUUCGGGAGCCCGCGCCACAGGAAAUAGCUGGUUUGAAAAAACAGUUUGAGAGGAAAAGUUCAUUUAAAGGAGAUAAUAGACCGUCAAGUUCAGAUUAUUGGAAUUUUGAGUCAAGUAAAGGAAGACCUGCGGAUAAGCAUGUAGCAGACCUUAGAAGAUCAUCUCCUCUCCAGUCGAGCUCUGUGCCUUCUGGUGCUCCAGAUGGCUUAACUAAGAGGAGGACCCCUGAACUGCAUGCUGAAGAUUUUUCAAGACCUCAACAAAAGGUUGCACAACCUCAGCCUCAACAGCCGCGUCCUAGAAUUAAUCAGAACGAUAUUGGGUCCCAACAUAAUCAACCGGUGGAAGUGCAUAGUAUCAGGCAAAUUGAAGAAGGGAGCGUAGGGACUGGUCAGGAGGUCCAUGCAGACAAUCGCAGAAAAUCGUCUGCUGGUGCACGACGACAACAUGACCUAAAACAUAGUGUACUUCCUCCAUCGGUCAAGCAGAUCAAAGGGCAAAAAUCCAGUUUGGCUGCUGAGAUAAAUGAUAGGCAUAAGGAUGCUUCUUUGCUGGGGAUCUAUGAAGGUCAGCAAAGGAUGAGAGAGUCUUCUCCUGAUGAGAUGAGUUCGUACUCCAAUUAUGAAAAGGAGGAACCGGAACUGAAGGGACCAAUAGAGAAUUUUGCCCAGUAUGAAGAGUAUGUGCAGGAAUAUCGGGAAAAAUAUGAUAGUUAUUGCUCGAUAAACAAAAUAUUGGAGUCCUACAGGAAUGAGUUCGUGAAGCUCGGCAAGGAUCUUGAGGUUUCUAAAGAAAGAGACACACAAAGAUUCUAUGACAUGUUGGGACUGUUGAAAGAUUCUUAUCGCAAAUAUGGACCAAGACAUAAAAGAUUGAAGAAAAUAUUUAUUGUGCUUCAUGAGGAAUUGAAGCAUUUGAAGCAGACGAUCAAAGACUUUGCUGUUUCAUAUGCCAGAGAUCGGUAACCAGAAAGAUUGACUUCUAAGUUCAAACUCAUUGUUCAUCUGUUGGGAACCAGAGUGCUCAGGGAUUGUCUUUUCUAUAAUAUGUGAAAUAGUUGGCUGGAGACGCCAGCUGAAAGUGCUCACCCAUUUGUGGAUGAAGUCAAUGACGGUGAGCGCAUGAAUUGACAGAAAACGUGCAGUUACAGUUGGAGCAACGCAAACAGGGUGAAGGUUACUACAAGAUUUGGUCACAGUUUGCUGGAUGUAAAUAGACUUGUAAAGUGCCUCUCUCUCUCUCUUUUUUCUUUCCUUUUUUCCAUUCUUUUAGAGGGGCUUGUUGCCCUGUACAUUCUUGUUUAAAUUUUUUUGUGGAAAUUUUGGUGUGCCUGAUACGUACAGCACUGACUCUUGAUUGUAAAAUCGCCCUAAGGGCAAAUUUUCCGUAGUCUUGUCACUGUAGUAGACUUGUCAUGGUCCUUACCAAAUUUUGAU